UGCAGGGAUCCUGGUUGCACUUGAGUCUGACUGCUCAGGAAGGUUUUGGAGAUAGUAUUUGUUGUUGGAUUUUUUUUUUUUUUUUUUUUUCCCCAGUUGUAGUCAUCUGUUUUUUUCUAACAGUAGAAAAAAAUACGGUGUUGCUCAGCUAUGGGAGCAGCAACAUCUGCAGAGAGGGCUGGAAAGAGCGAAGAGGAUGGGGACCCUAAUGAACAGCAGAGUGAAGCUGUGAAUGACGAGAUUCAAGGAGAGGGAGCUGAUGCCAAGCUUUUACCGAAAAACGGCCAGAUUUCCAGUCAGAAUGGGAAACCUGAAGACCAGGAAGUGGAACUCAAUGCAGAGAUGGAGCAGCUAAAUGCACAGAAUGAGGCCCCUGCAGAAGUUGGGCAAAGCGACUCCGCAGCUGUGUCCCAGAAAGACGAAGUGGCUGAGAAGAUGGAAACAGUACAAGAAGAAGUUGAGUCUCAGGUGAACGGGGAGAAGGAAAAAGAAAAGGAUUCACCGGCUGAGAAUAACGAGUCUCCAACUGAGGAAAAGACAGAGAAGGAGGAGAAGCCCAGUGAGCCUGAGACAAAUGAAGUUGGAUUUAAAAAGGUCUUCAAAUUUGUAGGCUUUAAAUUUACAUUGAAGAAAGAUAAGAAUGAAAAGACUGAGCCUGUCCAACUGCUGACUGUAAAAAAUGAGGAAGGCGAAGCGAGCAGCUCAGAAGUCACUGAGGAAUCAAAGGCACAGACUGUGACAGAGGAGACCAAACCAUCUGAGGAGGAAGAAAGUGCACCUGAAGAGAAAGAUGUGUCCGAAACUGCAACUGAGCUUGUUGCUGCUGAGGUUCCUUCAGAAAAAAUCAAUGGGGAAGACAGUGAAAAGCCAGAAGAAGCUGAAGAGGCAGCAGAGGUAGCAGAAACAGUUAAAGAACCGGAGAAACCAGCAGAGUCUCCAACCAGCCCUGCAUUACAGGAGACACAAUCCCCUCUUAAAAGGUUUUUCUCUCAGGGGUUGUUUUCCAAUCUGAGAAAAAAGACCAGUUUUAAAAAGCCUAAAGAAGAAGAACAGCCAGUUGUUGAAAGUACUGAAGCUGUCGCUGAGGAAGAAACAAAGGAACCACAGGUAAAAGAGGAGGAGGCUCCAACAGAGGUUGAGAAAAAAGUAGAAGAGACAGCCACAGUACCGCAACCAGAACAGCCUGCAACACAAAAAGUCACUGAAGCAACGGAGGAAGUGUCAGAACCCACAGAGAAAGAACCAGAAGCAGCAGAGCAGAAAACAGAAAAGGUUAAAAGUGAUGUAGCUGCUGAGGGUCUGGAUGCUGUUCCUGAGAUUGUGAAGGAAAAAGUGACAGACCUUCAAAGCUGUGUUCUAGAAAACAAAACAGAAGCAGAGGUUCCAGAGGUGACAAGUGAAGCAGAGCAAGACAAAGCAAUGAAAGAAGAGGUUCAGCCGGGUGAGCCUGCAGCUGAGUCAAAACCCACAGCAGAAACGGUAAAAGAUGCUGUAGAACAAACAAUUCCAGAGGACUCGUCCACAAUCAAACUGCCACAAGGUGUCACAACUGAGGCUGAACUGUUAUCUUCCCAAGAAAAAGCCAAGCUACAAGGUAGUCCACUUAAAAAGCUUUUCAAUGGGACUGGAUUGAAAAAAUUGUCUGGAAAGAAACACAAAGGAAAGAAAGAGGAAGAGUCAAAGCUUACUGAAAAUGGGACUGAGCAGCUGCAAUCUUCCACUGAAUCUGCAGAAGGACAAAAAGUAGAGAGCUUACCCUCUUCACCUGAAGAAUCUACUGAGAAUGUUGUUGCAGAUGCAGACCAGACAGAGACUGGGCUGGAAACAGAAGGGGAUGGUGCUACUGAUGGAGAAAGGAAAAGGGACGGCAUUACACCCUGGGCUUCAUUCAAAAAGAUGGUCACGCCAAAGAAGCGAGUCAAAAGGCCUUCUGAGAGUGACAAAGAAGACGAGUCAACUGAAAAGCCUAAAAGCGCAACUAUGUCUUCAACAGAAAGUUCAACAUUUGCUGAGAAACAGGAAGUGUCAAAAGCCAAUGAGGAGGAACUGAAUUUAGAACCAAGCACUGAAGAGCCCAAAAAGAAAGUUGACACGUCUGUGUCCUGGGAAGCUCUGAUCUGUGUAGGCUCAUCCAAAAAGAGGACAAGAAAGACAUCAGACUCAGAUGAUGAGUCUCCAAAGUUAGCAGUGGAAGUCGAGAAAUCAGUUGAGGAAUCUGAAAAAACUAAGAAUGCAACAGGAGAAUCUCCAAUAACAAGCUCUCAAGAAGCAGACCAUGAGCAAGCAUGUUCCUCACCAGAGCAAGCUGGAAGUCCCUCUGAUGGAGAAGGGGUGUCUACUUGGGAAUCAUUUAAGAGGCUAGUUACCCCAAGAAGAAAACCCAAGCUGGAAGACAAACCAGAGGAAUCAGUUACAGCUUCUGCUGCUGAACAAGUUCCUUCAGAUGGCGAAGCUGGAAAAGAGGAAUCCUCAUUUUCUUUAAAGAAACUAAUGCCAGGGCGCAAAAAGAAGAAGUCUGAUGCCAAGCAAGAGCAUAUCCCUGCAGAUGAAGCCAGAAAAGAGGCUUUGGCAACAGAAACUGGUGAAGAAGACUCCGAUACUCCAGCUGUUGUCCCUUUGUCAGAAUAUGAUACUGCAGAGCCAGAACAAGUUGAGAUUGUGCUGCAAGAGAAGACUACAGUAGAAGUAAAGCAACUAUCAGAAGCUCAGAUUGUAACUGAAGAGGCUAAACCAGCAGCUGCUUCUAUCAUCCAAGAGGCAAAGGCAGUUUCUGAGGAAGAAAAACCUGUACCUGUGAAGACUGAAAUAGUUGAAGAAAGGUCACCAUCCUGGAUAUCAGCAACAGUUACUGAAGAAAUAAUUGCACAGAGAAUUGAAAGUGUAAGCACACACCAGCAGCUCAGUGACAUAGCUGAAGAAGUGCUAGUGGAAGACACUGUCUCAGCUGUGGAAGUGUCAGCUCAAAUCACCCAGGAUGACACUAUUGCUGAAGAUAUUGUGGAGCUGACGUCAGAGGCAGUGACAGCAUUCGAACAGGUGCAUGAAGAGUCCUUUGCUGAGGAGACUGAAAUGGUGUCAGCAGUUUCACAGCUAAACGAGUCUGCAGCAACAUCAGGAGAUGCUACGCCUGUACAGGUUACCGAAGAAUAUGAAGUUAAAAAAACAGAGGAUAAAUUGCUGGAAGUUGCCGAAAGAGUGAAGUUGACUCCCGUUGCCUUGUCUGUCACUGAGGCAGCUACAACAACAGAAGAGGCUAUUGUAGCAACAGCAGUGCAGUUGGUGGAGUCAGUUGUAAAAGAAGAUGUGAAAGCUGAUGUGGAACAGAAAGAAACAGAAGCAAUUGCAUAUUGCACAGACCUGGCCACCCAAGGGCUGGAAGCAGUUGAGAAAAGUCUUCCAAAAACCACAGUGGAGGUCAUCACUGUCAUGGAGGCAAUUUCCACAGAAGUAAUUGCUGAACAGAAGCCUGAAACAUUGGCAAUACAAGCAGCUAAAGAAUUCAUUCAAUGGGAGCUGGCAGAGCAAGCCAAGACUGAGGGAGUAGAUGCAGUUGAGGAGAUUGAAACAAAAUUUAAAGUGGCUGAGAUCAAAGGAGAGCCAGAAUCCCAAAUAACCAAAGCAGUAGAACAGAUCGUUGAGGCAUCAAAGGAACUCCUUGUAGAACAGGCAGUGGAGGAAGUCGCGCAGAUUGUAGAAAUAGAGAUAAAGAAAGAUAUUGACUCAGUGCAACCCAAAGCUGAACCAUCUGUGGAGGAGGCAACUGAACUUGAGUUAGCACAACAAUUGGAACUUAAUGGAGUGCAAGCUGAAUUUGAGGUUUUUGAAGAGCAACUGAUUAUAGCAAAUACACCAUUGUUUGAAGCAAAAGGUCCAGCUGAAGCAACAGUCGAGGAGCACAUUUGCACCCACCAUGUAGAAGUAACUGAAAAGUCAGACAUUGAAGAACAAUCACAUGAACUUGCAAAAGUUCAAGAAGUUGUUGAUGUCCACAAGGAUCCAACUGAAGAAGUCGCCCAUUCUGUGUCACAGGAAGCAACUGCCUCAAUGCCUGAAGCUCCUGCAAUUGAGAUUUCAAAAGUCCAGGAAGCUCAAUUUGCUGUAACAGCAGCUGCAGUUGAAGAGCAGGUUGGUAAAGAAACUGUCAGCAUUACUGACCCAUCAUCAGAAUCUGUAAAGCCUGACACGGUAAAGGUGAACACAGAUUUAGGAAAGGCUCUGUCAAUAAAGUUUAAAGAUGAGCUUGAAAGCACGACUGUGGUUGAACACACAGUAGCUGAGACUGCAGCUGCAAUUGUUGAAGCUGUAAUUGAAGCUGCUACCAGUGGAAUGCCUGAUGAAAACUUGAGCCAUGAACAUUUUAAAACAUUGGAUACUAAAGCAAUAGAGAAAGAACAUGCAAUUCAGACAGUAGUCAUUGAAAAACAGAGCACAAUGAUUGUUCAGAAGAUUAUCCAGAAUGUUGUUGAAAACUUCAAAGAGAAGGCAAGUGAAUCUGAAGUUGAGAUUGCAGUCCCACAAGUACAGAAUGCUCCUGAAAUACAGCUAGCAGCUCCAGAAGUUGCAUUACCUGAGAAUGAGAUUCAGGCAUCUGAGCCACAGUUUGAAGAGGAAAUCAUUUCUACAGCAUGCGUGGAAAACACUGAGACACAACCCACAAUAAUAGAGGAAGCUGAAAAAGUCACAAAAGACCAUGGUACUUUGGUGGAAGAACAUGAAUCUAUUUCUGGGACUUCAACAGUAUUACCUGAGCAGGUGGAAACAAAGGAAGAAGAAACAACUGAGCAUGCAGAAGCAACUGGCAUAGUGACACAGAGUCCAGCAUUGUUAGAAACACACACAGAGGAGGAAGUCCAGGACAAGACCGAGAACAGUGCGGGGCUGGAAGAAGUCCCAGCUGUGUUUAAAGAAAAGUACCAGGCAGUUGCUGAAGAAGCUCUGAGCCAGACAGUCAAGGAGAUAGAAAGCCUUCCAGCUGAAGAAGUAAUGAUAGUAGAAGAAAUUGAAAGGAAAUUAGUGGCUGAGGAAAUAAAGAGCCAGGAGGUGGAAGAUGAACAUAAGAGCCAGGAAGAUGAAGCCAAAGAUAAGGAAGAAGGAGUUAAGAACCAAGAGACAGAUGAAGUGAUCAAAAGUCAAGAAGUGGAGGAAGUUAAAAAGAACAACAAAUUGGCAGAGAAUGUAGAGAGUCAAGAAAUGGUGGCAGAAGUUGAGAGCCAACUGAAUGAGGAAGAAACACAGGAAGUUGUAGAAGUAAUGUUCCAGACGGUUAUUGAAGUAAAGACUCAGGCAGUGAGGGAAGACGUUGAGUGCCAGGAAGUGGAGAUUCAGAGCCAGCUACCAGUGGUAGAAGAUCUCUUGAGUCAAGCUACAGUUGUAGAAAAUCUACUAACAAAGGCUGAGGAGGAAGAAGAUACAAAUAAGCAUGAAACAGUGGAAGAAGAGGUACCAAGCGAGAUAACAGUGGCAGAUGAUGUAUCAAGCGAAACACCAGCAGUAAAAGAGAAAGUGAGUCAGGAACCCGUUGUAGAAGUACUAAGGCAAGAACCAGUGGUUGAAUAUAAAGAAUGUGAGACACCAGCGGUGACAGAGGCACCAUGUGAAACACAAGUGGCAGAAGACACAGAGAGCCAAGAACCAGUUAAAGAAGAUGUACACAGUCAAGAAAUAGCCGUGGGAGAGGGACAAAGCAAAACAACAGUGGUAGAUGUACCAAGUGAAAUAUUAGUUAAAGAGGAUACAUUGAGCUUGGAGCCAGUUGCAGAAGUACAGAGCCAAGUAGUGGUAGGAGAAACAUUACUGCCAGUAGAUGCUGCAAGUGAAACAGCAAUGGUAGAAGAUGUCACUGUUGAAACAGCAGUUGUAGAAGAAGCAUUAAGUGAAACAGCAGUGGCAGCAGUUCUGCAAAGCGAAGUACCAGUUGUAGAAGCUAUACAGAGCCAAACGGAAGUGAAAGAAGAAGUGCUAAGUCAGGAAGUAUUGAUAGAAAACGUAUUUUGCCAGGGAUCAGUGGCAAAUGAGGUUAAGGUUAGAGAAAGCCAGACAUCAGUGGUGGAAAAACAAACAACAGGGGAUGUGGAAAGCCAAACAGUGAUAGAGGUCAAGAAAGAAGGACAAGACCAGAUACUGACUGCAGAAGAUGUGCAAAGCCAUACUCCUGCCAUAGAAGUACCUGUACAAAGCAACGAAUCUGUUGCAAAAGAUCUUGAAAGCAAGACACUAGUAGACGACAAAGUAGAGAGUGAUAAGUCAGAGAUCAAAAAAGACCAGGUAGAGGUGAAAGAAGAAGCAAGCCAAGAAGCAGUAAGUGAAGAUUUGCACAGCCAGGACCUUUCAGAACAAACAGUAUCUUGAGGCAAAAGCAGGUCUAUGAAGUAAGAAGGUAAUAUCUGUGGAAGCCACAAUCUGAAAGCAGGAAAAGAAAACUGAGGACUCCUGAAUGCACACAGGAUGGGCUCUUAUAGCGUACGAGUGCACGAAGGAUAAGACGUACAUACCUACCUACCUACUUACCUGCAGCAUCAUUCCUGUCAGAAAGACAACCCUGGGACACAACCGGGAGCUUUAUCCACUGUUCUGCACAGCUGUGACCUAACAACUUUCAAUGCUUUUAGCCUGAUGAGCUUGUAAUUAAUGUGAUGUCUGUUUGCUAACUUAAUGACCAUCCACUCCUCCAUUAUUAUAACCUGCCAGGGACUGUGGAAGGCUUGUAUGGUCCUUUGUUUUAGAAAGUACUCAGUGUAUUUCCUUGUAUAGGGUAUGUAUCUAAAAUAAGCCCUUUUUUCUAUUUAUAUUAUUUUUUUGCAAGUAUAAAGAUACAGAGUUGUCCUUUAUCCGUGUCUAUGCUGUAUGCUGUUAUAGCAGGCUUUAUUGUAUUAAGAUUACAUGAACAUGGUACAGGUGUCCUGUUAAAGGCCAGUUUCAAGUAACUGUAAAGCCUCUAUGUUUGGUAAUAGACAACUUAUGUCUGAUUUUUUUUUUUUUUCAUACAAACAUAGAGUUGCCGUCAAGUGAUCAUCUGAUUUUGUGAAUCCACUUUUGAGUUUUGACAGCCUGGGGACAAUGAAUUCAUUAUUAUUAUGUGUAGAUGAAACCUUUACGAUUUACACACGCUUUGUUAGUCCACCAGUAUU